AUUGCCAUUUUAACUGUUCUUGUCGCAUUGUGUAUUAAUUAAAAGACACGUUUUCUUGAGUUAAAUCAUUGCUGUGUCAAUAUUUUCAUGUAAUGCAUUAGACAAGAGAUGAUGUUUUGUGUUCGGUUAUUUUCUAACAUAUCAAUAUUUGCAAUCACAGGGUAAACAAGUAGGUCAGGACGUGGUUCUUAUCACCGGUUGAAGUAAAUCGUCUAUAAAUAGCUGCAUUAUCAAAUUGAUAUCGCAAUUUUGGUAUUCUCCUUCGCUAUGUAUAUAAAUCAACAAUACCAGUCACAAUAAUCAGUUGUAAAGUUUUGAGUACUUUUGAUGGGGAAACGUAAAUUAAUCAUAGGUUAUAAGAAAUAACAUGAAACGUAUAGCAGUAAUUGGUGCGGGCGCUAGUGGCCUAACUGCUAUAAAAUGUUGCAUUGACGAGCAACUUGAACCUGUAUGUUUUGAGAGGACAAAUUAUAUCAGCGGAUUAUGGCACUACACAGAAGAGGUGGAGGAGGGUCAGGCAUGUGUUAUGAAAUCUACGGUGAUCAACACAUCGAAGGAGAUGAUGUGCUACAGUGAUUUUCCUAUACCAGACGAAUAUCCCGUCUUUAUGCACAACAAGUGUGUCGAUCGGUAUUUUCAUAUGUAUGCGGAUAAGUUUGGACUCCGAAAACAUAUAAACUUCAAUACAGAGGUUUUGUCUGUGAAACCGACAGAAAAUUUCAAGACAGAUGGUAAGUGGGAAAUUAAAACAAAGAACUCCGAGAACAAGGAACAAAAACAUAUAUUUGAUGGUGUUCUUAUCUGUACCGGACAUCAUGCAGAAAAGAAUAUACCUAAAUUCCCCGGGUUAGAUACCUUCAAAGGCAAGGUGACUCACACACACGAUUACAAGGAUUACCAUGGUUACGAGGACAAAAGAGUGUUGAUCAUUGGUAUUGGAAACUCUGGUGGGGAUAUUGCUACAGAGCUUAGUCGUAUAUCUUCUCAGGUAUAUUUGAGCACAAGAUCGGGAUCAUGGAUAUUCAACCGUGUCGGCGACAAAGGGGUUCCUGGGGACAUGUUGGCCACCCGUUUCAGUGUCAAUAUUUUGAAGAAAUUUCCUCGAUUAUUACUGACGCUGGCAGAAAAGAAAUUAAACCACAGAUUUGAUCAUGAAAAAUAUUGCCUGAAGCCGAAACACGGUCUUUUUGCUGCUCAUCCCACAGUAAAUGACGAGCUUCCAAACAGAAUCAUUUCAGGGGGUGUUAUUGUGAAAGCCAAUGUAGCUGAGUUUACUGAAACCGGAGCGAUCUUUGAAGAUGGUACUAAAAUUGAUAAUUUGGACGCUGUAGUACUUGCUACUGGAUACAUAUUUGGUUUUCCGUUUCUCGACAAGGAAGUUUUAGAGGUGAAAGAGAAUAAAGUAAAUCUGUAUAAAUAUAUGUUUCCACCUGAUCUCUGUAGGACUACUCUGGCGAUUAUUGGGUGUUUCCAACCGAUUGGAGCAAUAAUGCCAAUAUGUGAAAUGCAAUGCCGACUAGCUACUAGAGUAUUUAAGGGUUUAAAGAAUUUGCCCGAUAGUAAUGGUAUGUGGAAUGACAUCAAAGAUAAACAGACAGCCAUGGCGUUGAGAUACAAGAAAUCAAUGAGACAUACUAUACAAGUUGAUUACGUCCCAUUUAUGGAUGAACUAGCAGAAAUGAUCGGCUGUAAACCAGACCUAAGUAAACUCAUUUGGACUGAUCCCAAACUUGCGAUCGAAGUUUACUUUGGACCUUGUACACCUUACCAGUACCGAUUAAUGGGACCGGGACCCUGGAAUGGUGCUCGACAUGCCAUCAUGACACAGUGGGAACGAGUGUAUAAGCCGCUGCAGACCAGACCUUGUGUUGUAAAAGAGAGCAUGGGCGUUGGAGCAACAUAUAUGUUGUUAGUUGUGGCCUUAGCUGUACUGCUUUACCUUAUUUUGUAGCCUUGCAUCAUUCAACAAAUUUUAGUUUGAACAUAUUAUAUUUCAUUUUACACAGAAACAUGAGUGCGACUGACCUUGUUUAAUGUCUAUAUUUUUGCCAUUUGAAACGCUCUCUUCCCAUUUGGGUACUUCAGUAUUUUUUAGACAUCUGUAUUAUACUAACUUAAAAGUUGUCGCUUUUUCAAUCAUUUUUUCUGACAUAACUUUUUGGGAUACUUAAUUAUAACAGUUUAGUAGUCUGCUUUAUUUUUCAAGUUUAACUGGUAAAAAUAAAAUGAAUAUAGGGAUAACGCAUGUAUUUUUUCGUGUUAAAACAUUACAGAAUGAUGUUUAACAAAUAAUCAAGGCCUUCGAGUGGUUUAUCGCCUAGUUUACCACGGUUCAGAGUUUAGAUGCGUAGGAACUGAACCACGAGGGCGUUAGCCCGAAUGGUUAAAUACUGAAGCAUCUGAACGAUGAACCGUGGUAAACUAAACGAUAAAUCACAAGAAUGCCUUGAUUGUUUUCAUUCUGACAUGCACAGUGACAAAUUUUAAUAAAUAUUAUGCUGGACUUCAUUUACUCGAGGAGUAAUGUAUCGGACUUCAUGCGGUAAUUUGACGUCAUAUUUGACGUCAUAAUGCUCUCUAACCGGUUCGCGCGUCAACCAUUGUUUAUCGCAGAAUAUACAGAGGUUGAUUUCCUUCUUUGUUUAAUUGGAAAUCAAAUCGAGUCAUGUUAGAAUAUAGCUUUAAAUGAAUAUGCGCCAACGCUAUCCUAACAUAAAACGUGAUAACAAUCUAAGAAAUGAAUACAUUGUGCAUCAACGUCAUUGAAUUUCCGGGAAAUGCGCGGGAAUAUCAGCGUUGUUUUAUCACUCUGACGUCAUUUCCCUUUCAUAAGCAACAAAACUUACUUUGCUAGUAUAUUUUGGAUAAUAAAACAGUUCAAAUCGGAUUGUUGUCUUUAGAUUGGCAAAUUAUGCUUCAUAUUUUGAAAAAGGCAACUUAAUUGGUAUUGGAAAUAGGGCCGAUAUAAGGUCCCACAAAACAGAAACAAAAAAGCUCUGAAUAAAAUUUUGAAAGCAUAUCACUGCGGUCCACACCACCUAUGUAUUUAUUAUAUUUGGUAUGAUAUUGGCUUUCCCAAGUUGGCAGCGUGGAAUGUACUCAACAUGUUUACUUUUUUGUUUUUUGUUUUUGUUAUUUUUCCUUGAAUGCAAUGCAAAAACGGUGCCAUUUCUCAUAAAUUUUGAUCCUUGGUUUCGUAGCUUUGCGCUUUUGAUUGCAUUUGGCAUCAUACUAUUUGACGUAAUGUUCCCGUCAAAAUAUUUUGAAAGGUUCACGGGCUUAUCUAAUGGGGAUGUGAAAAACCUCACAAUAUAUAUGAUAAAAUCUGUUUAAUAAGGUUCCUUGUUCAACGGUUACAAAAUGAUUUCAAAACGUUUUGGAUUAUAGUGUGGGUAAACAUAUUUCUAAACCACGAAGUACUCUGGCUAUCUCGUUUACGCCAGUACUGUUCCUUCUGGGCUUAUUGAUCAGUCCAAUGUACCACGGAAAUGAAUCCUUUCAGUUCCGAUUUUUCAUUAGUUCUGUCAACCAAUGGACAUUUGAAUAGCGCCUGUGUGCCGAAGCCUGGGAUUGUGUACGAAUGAACUAGAGCUAUACUAGUAUAGGCAGUAUGUUAUCACAAGCGUUCAAAAACUCAUUAUAUUAGACAAUUUGCAUUUUAAAACCAUCUGUUCUACAUUAGUGUCGGUUUUUUAAUCACUGCACAAACUCGCAACCAUUUUUAUCAAAAUUUGGACUAUUUUUGAUAAUAUACAGGAAGUAAAUGCGUGUGCGUGUGUGCGUGCUCGCGUAUGUGUGCGUGUGCCUGUGUGCGUGCGUGCGUGUGUGUAUGUGUGUUGGAAAUAAUUUGUUAUUAUGUGGUUUUAAAAGUCGCUAAAACAUUGUGCUUGCCUACAUUACAAAGUUUAUUUUCCCUCUUUUAUGUUCUUGUUACCAUGCUUUUAAUGCAAUUUUAAUGUAAUGGUUGACGGAACUCAAAUAGAAACUGUACGUUAGAACUCAUUAUUUAUCUGCUAAAAUUGUCAUUCCUUAUUUAACACAUUUUUCGAUGCUUCGAAGUUCGCUAAUCACAAGUUAAAGAUGAGCUAAUUCAGAGAAUGAGAAGUCGUUAUUAACCGAUGAUUGUUAUGCUAUAACCUAUUUUGCUGUAUACUGCCCCUUCCCCUUCCCCAUAUUGUCACAAACCCUAUGCGCUGAUAUUCGGGGUACUGGUUACAACCCGUAACAGAAUUAUUCAUUUUGAACUUGGCAAACAUAAACGUGGAAGUAAU